AGUCUAACUGACAUCGAAUGACAGCUUUUGAAGAUGGUGUGUCUUCCUUGGAUUCUAGGAUCACUUGUGCUCUCUGUGGUUGAAGGAGAUGACAUUUCGGACUUUCUUAAGAAUAAAGCAGAACUCAAACCUCAGCGCUAUGAAGGAGACAUAAAACAAAACUGGGAUGUUGUUAUCAAUCGAGAGCCUAUUGCCUUCAAGCUCUCAUCUAAUCCUGAUGAUGAGGAAAUCGGGGAAAUGAAUUCAGAUCUAGGACUCCCUGUUUCACAAGAUGUCGUUUUCUCAAGGAGGAGAAGUGUCGUUGAUAAUGUACUUUUGAGGAAUGAUGUGGACGAAGUGUCCGAGCUAAUUGAACCAGGAGAAGUAUCUCCCACAUUUUUCAGAGUAGAAGGCACUGCAGGUGGACAAGCUCUCUAUUUCUUCGCUGUAUGGGCUCUGUUCACCAUUCUUAUCUCUUCAUUUGCACUGGUUGGUUACACUAUCGUUAGAUCUGUUCGACAUUCCGGCAAAAAAACAGCCAAUAUGCCGGAGUUAGAGGCAGAGGGUGUUGAAACAACUGUUGAAGUUGUCGAGGGAGGUGAAAUCUCAGAGGAACAACCAGGUCCUUCUAAUGUGGUGAUAGAGAUAGAUUCCCCUUUCUCCACAGAGAGCGACAAGAGUGAUGAAAUCAAAUCCUCUCCCGACUCUGCUGAGGACUACCAGACUGUCACCAUUCUGGGGGAAACACAACUCUGAGUCAUCAGCUAUCGGAGCAAUAUGAGAAAUCUGAGUAUUCUGAGCAAUAUGAGAAAUCUGAGUAAUCUGAGCAAUCUGAGAAUUGUGAGCAAUCUGAGUAAUCUGAGAAAUCUGAGCAAUCUAAGAAAUUUAAGUAUCGCUCUUGUCAUUCUGAGUAAUCUUGAACAGAAGAUCUUUACGAAGCGACAAAAAAAGAGAUCGUGCCAUCAUAACAUUUUGUCUAAUAUUCAAGUUAUCUUUUUUGACGUAAGUGACGCUUCGACCAACUUUUUCCAACUGUAAAUAUUCGUUUUAUCCUGUUGUUGGAUAGAAUAUACUAUGUAUUAUAGAUAACCUAUUUGAGCAUUAUUUUAUUGAGUGUGCUGUAUUCUAGUGAGUGAACUGUUUUUAAGAUUGCAUGAUUUAAUUUUUGAAUGUUGUUUGAUACUGCCCUGUUCAAUUUACAAUCAAUUUUCCAAUUAAAGUUUUAUUUUCUAUUUAAACUUACAUUUUUUUAUUUAAUUCUAUAAAAUUUAACAUUAUUUUUGACUUUUGCUACGUUUGAUACAAUAAUAAUUGUUCCUUUAAAUACCAAAAGUCGCAUCCGAACGGAAUGUACUAAGAUGUUUGCUCGUGUUUUAAUGAGUGUGUGCAUGCUUUUGAAUUUCAUUUUCGGUGUUAAUUCCAUUAAAUUAUC